GCUCGGCAGAGAUAACCACCACCACCACCACCACCCCACAUCCUCCCUUUAUUCUGAGCUUUUUGUUUGUUUGCGUCCUCACUCGAAACAAAAGCUCCUCCGGGGACUCCUGCAGUGGAGGCCAGUGUGCGCCCAGAGCAGUGAUGACAGAGAAGGAGAGGUGUCCCAAAGUGGAGCAGUAUGUCGGUGAAAUUAAAGGUGGACUGAGACCUGCCAUGAGAAUCACUGUCAUAGGGAUGGUACCUUCCAAUCCCAAGAGCUUUUCAGUGACUCUGCUCUGUGAUCCAGUGGAUGCAAACAAAGAUGUCGGGAUGCUAUUUACAGUUAACUUUAGUGACAAAUCCAUCACCCGAAACGCACGAAUUGCUGGGAAGUGGGGGAUAGAAGAGAAGAAUAUUCCCUACUUCCCAUUCACAGCAGGGGACACAUUUAAGAUGGAGUUCUUAUGUGAACACCAGCAAAUACGGGUCUUGCUUGAUGGACGGCAGCUCUGUGACUUCACUCACCGCAUUCAGCCCUUGAACUUGGUGAAGGCUUUGCAGAUCACAGGGGAUGUCAAUCUUACCAAAGUGGCUUGAAUAAACAGCAACCACAAUAUCAGCAUGGGACAAAGAAAAAUGUACUUUCCCCUACCAAACUCCUGGCUGAUUGUGGGGAACUGGGACUGUGUUUUCUUCAUUUGCUGAUAUGUUUGAAAUACACAUACUUUUUUUCUAAUACACGCUCAAAAAUUGCAGAUAUGGCUGGUCCAGAUAGAUCAAAGAGCCUCUGCUGAAAUACUGUGUCGGUCUCCCAAACUGCAAGAUUUAUGAUGCUAUGCAGUAUCCUGUAUCUGCGUGGUUCCCUCAUGCCCCAGACAUGGAGCUCAAUCCUUUGUUUUGGCCUGGCUGUUACCCAUGUGACUAGAACUGGGCAGCGUGCAGGUAGCGAGAAUGAGAAAAGGGAAUUGGGAUAUUUCCUUGUGAGUGAACAAGGGAGUCUGGAGGGCCCCAAUGAGUCUCACAUUAUCAGGAGAGAACUGCUUGUCCAGGAAGCUCUGCUCAAUCAGCAUGAGCUAUAUGUGCUUCCUGGUAUGGAGCAAUAAAUGUCUUACCACCAUCCCAGUCUCUUGCAGGUUGAGUUCUCAGGGACUGAAAAGUUUCAACAGUUGUAGAUUUCACAACCUUCUCUGAACCAGCCCUCUGAAAUUUUACCUGUAGCUGAAACUGCAUUGCCCAUUUUUGCAUCUGAUUAAAACUUCAUCUUUACUGGCAAAUUUCUUCAGCAGCUUUGUUAAAUAUUUGACUGCAAAUGAGUGUUAUGCUGUGAUUUCAUUGCUGUAGAUCUAUAAAAGAGUCCCAAAUACGUGGCUGUUAUAAUACCAUAGCUGCUGGCUUUGGCUCAGUUUUGAUUGCUUGGUAAUAACACAGGAAGAAGUGAAAAGUCUCUUGAUUAGAGAUUUUUUUUUUUUCAAUACCUAACUCAGAAGGCAAAAAAUCUGUGAAGAGAUGGUUCUGUGGAUAGAGGGAUAUCAAAUUUCUCUGUGACUUUAUGGAAGAUACACAGCAUGCUGUCUUCAGAGUGGUUUUGGAGACUGCAGAGUCUGUCAAAUACAGAUACUCAGACAACAGAAGAAUUUUGUAAAAAUAGAACAUUAGCAGGCUGAUCAGAUGUUUUAGUCAUCUCAUACAUUCCAUUCUACUCUGGCUCUGUGGAUAAUGUCUCACUUCCCAUAUUAUUCUAAGUUUAAGGUGUAUGAAACCAUUAUGAUCAUAUACUCUGAGAAAAAUCAUGUCUGAAGAGCACAGGAGAUUCAAAUGCAUUGAAUUUUUUUUUUUUAAUAUAUGUUUAAUGAUAUCAGAGUCAAGCUUGCUAGACACAUAAUUGAAAAUUUAAUGGCUUAAAGUAAAAAAAAAAAAGCAAUAAUGAGAAUUGCUAUUAGAGUUCUCAGUCCACACGGUGCUCCACAUAAAUGGAUUCAUGGUGAUAAACAUGAGGAAGUCUUGCUUUUAGGGCUGAGUGAUUUUUUCCACUAUAGUCAGCACCAGCCAUUGUCUAGAAUAAAUGCCACUGAUCUGAUACUCGGGAUCGUGUAAUACGAUGGGUCAUUAACAGCACAAGAAUAAUGGAUGUACUGGAGAUGAGAAUCCUUUGGUCUUUUCUGGCAUAACAGAGAGCCAAACGGUAGAGCAGACGGAUGGACAAAGAGACCCCCAGUCUGUUUCCCGGUAGCAAUUAUCCCAGCACAUAAUUGCGACUUAGCACAAGAUUCUUUCACAGUGUAUCAGGCAGUCUCAGACACCAGGACCUUUCAGACUGUGACGUUCACACACCUUGAUUCUAUCCACAUGAAAUAAUUAAGUUUAUGAGCCCCUUUAUAAAGGGGAAAGGAGCAAGACAUUUCUGCUUUAGAAUAAAGCACAACCUGGAUCUGUCAGAUAUAGACUGAAUACUUGUACAAGAGAUUCUUUUUUCUUCCAUCUUGGAAUAGUAUAUCUCAUUGUUUCCUUGUAAAACAUCAUUUGUCUGUAUCCACCUGUUGUCCUUUGUCUCUUGGUUAGACGGUAAAUUCCUGGUGGAGAAUUAUUCCAGAUCUGUGUGACUCCUAAGCACCUAGAAUUCUGGUCUGUCAGGAAUUUGCUAGGUGUUAUGGAAAUACAAAUAACAAAAAUAAAAUGCCAUAGU